GCCUGCGCAGGCAUGCGCAGGGGAAGGGGUUUGCUUCCGAACUGGAUAAGAAAGCAGGAAGCGUUGCAGAGAUGCUGAAGCGGAGAACAGCAGCGCAGCUAGAGACUGGGAAAGUUUCCUUAAAACCUCUCUUCUGAGCCAAGUGAAUAAAGACAACUUUUCAGAGACAGAGGUGGCCAAGAGAAAGGGAAGGAGAUGGAAGAGAAGGACCCAGAAGGACCUGGAACUUGCAAGACAGCAAGCAAAGGCUCCCAACCCACCCCAGCUGGGAGUGGUGUUGAAUUCUGGGAAAGGGCUGUGCCAGAACUCUUGGUUAAGGAUACCCCGACCUCAGAAGUAUGUUGCCAACGCUUCCGGCAGUUCCACUAUCAUGAGGUGGAUGGGCCCCGAGAGGUUUGCAGCCAGCUCCAUGGACUUUGCAGCCAUUGGCUGAAACCAGAGAGGCACACCAAGAAGCAGAUCCUGGACCUGGUGAUCCUGGAGCAGUUCCUGGCCAUCCUGCCCCAGAAAUGCAGUGCUGGGUCAGAGGAUGUGGGCCAGAGACCAGUUCCCAGGCGGUGGCCCUGGCCGAAGGUUUCCUCCUGAGUCAGGAAGAGGAGAAGAGGCAGGCAGAACAGAUGCAGGGACCACCUUUGGAGAUGGAAGCUGCAAUCCCUGAGGCAGAAGGAGCUUCCUCAGAGCAGGGGCAGAGGGUGCAGGCGGUGGAGCGUGCCCAAAAUGCCCUCUCCUGUGGAACAGGCAGUGAAGAGAUGCUGUUGAGCGUUUAUCUUUUCCAAGGUGUGGGAACAGCUGCUGCACCUCCAAUCCAGGUAGGAGAGAUGAGCGUGGGGGGCACAGUCUGGGUCCCUCCUUCUUUCUCAGGGGAACUUUUGCUCCUUCAGUUUCUACAAGGGGUCCGUGAGAGAGAUCCUUUGAAUGCUGUUGCAUUUACCCAUCCCAAGCCUUAUUUUCUAAUAAAGAGAGAAGAAAAACCUGAAUACUCAGAGACCAGACAUAAAUUCAGUCUCAGUAUUAAUCUUCAACAGCAUCAGAGAACCCACAGAAGGGAGAAACCUUUUGAAUGCUCAGAGUGUGGAAAGAGAUUCACAUUGAGUGGCCAUCUUCAUCGGCAUCAGAGAACCCAUACAGGGGAGAAGCCUUUUGAAUGCUCAGAGUGUGGAAAGAGAUUCAGUCAGAGUGGCAAUCUUCAAAGGCAUCAGAUGACCCAUACAGGGGAAAAGCCUUUUGAAUGCUCAGAAUGUGGAAAGAAAUUCACAUUAAGUGGCCAUCUUCAAAGGCAUCAGAGAACCCACACAGCGGAGAAGCCUUUUGAAUGCUCAGAGUGUGGAAAGAGAUUCAGUCGGAGUAGCAGUCUUCAAAGGCAUCAGAGAACCCAUACAGGGGAGAAGCCUUUUGAAUGCUCAGAGUGUGGAAAGAGAUUCCGUCAGAGUGGCUGUCUUCAACAUCAUCAGAGAACCCACACAGGGGAGAAACCUUUUGAAUGCUCAGAGUGUGGAAAGAGAUUCAGUCGAAAUGGCAAUCUUCAACAGCAUCGGAGAACCCAUACAGCGGAGAAGCCUUUUGAAUGCUCAGAGUGUGGAAAGAGAUUCAGUCAGAGUGGCAGUCUUCAAAGGCAUCAGAGAACCCAUACAGGGGAGAAGCCAUUUGAAUGCUCAGAGUGUGGAAAGAGAUUCAGCACGAAUGGCAAUCUUCAACAGCAUCAGAAAACUCAUACAGGGGAGAAACCUUUUGAAUGCUCAGAGUGUGGAAAGAGAUUCAGUCACAGUGGAAGUCUUCAGCUGCACCGAAGAACCCAUACAGGGGAGAAGCCUUUUGAAUGCCCAGAGUGUGGAAAGAGAUUCAGCAUGAGUAGCAGUCUUCAACAGCACCAGAGAAUCCACACAGGGGAGAAACCUUUUGAAUGCUCAGAGUGUGGAAAGAGAUUCAGUCAGAGUGGCAAUCUCCAGUAUCAUCAGAGAACCCACACAGGGGAGAAGCCUUUUGAAUGCUUAGAGUGUGGAAAGAGAUUCAGUCACAGUGGAAGUCUUCAGCUGCACCAAAGAACCCACACAGGGGAGAAGCCUUUUGAAUGCCCAGAGUGUGGAAAGAGAUUCAGCAUGAGUGGCAGUCUUCAACAGCACCAGAAAACCCAUACAGGGGAGAAGCCUUUUGAAUGCCCAGAGUGUGGAAAGAGAUUCAGUCAGAGUGGCAAUCUUCAAUAUCAUCAGAGAACCCAUACAGUGGAGAAGCCUUUUGAAUGCUCAGAGUGUGGAAAGAGAUUCAUUCACAGUGCCCAUCUUCAGUAUCAUCAGAGAACCCAUACAGGGGAGAAGCCUUUUGAAUGCUCAGAGUGUGGAAAGAGAUUCAUUCACAGUGGCCAUCUUCAACGUCAUCAGAGAACCCAUACUGGGGAGAAGCCUUUUGAGUGCUCAGAGUGUGGAAAGAGAUUCAUUCACAGUGGCCAUCUUCAAUAUCAUCAGAGAACCCAUACAGGGGAGAAGUCUUUUGAAUGCUCAGAGUGUGGAAAGAGAUUCAUUCACAGUGGCAGUCUUCAACGUCAUCAGAGCACCCACACAGGGGAGAAACCUUUUGAAUGCUCAGUGUGUGGAAAGAGAUUUAGCCAGAGUGGUCAUCUUCAGCAUCAUCACAGAACCCACACAGGCGAGAAACCUUUUGCAUGCUUAGAGUGUGGAAAGAGAUUUAGUAUGAGUUGCCACCUUCAACGUCAUCAGAGAACCCACACAGGGGAGAAGCCUUUUGAAUGCUCAGAGUGUGGAAAGAGAUUCCGUCAGACUGGCCAUCUUCAACAGCAUCAGACAACUCACACAGGGGAGAAACCUUUUGCUUGCUCAGAGUGUGGAAAGAGAUUCAGUCAGAGUGGCCCUCUUCAGUAUCAUCAGAGAACCCACAAAGGGGAGAAGCCUUUUGAAUGCUCAGAGUGUGGAAAGAAAUUCAGGGAGAGGGGCAGUCUUCAAGAGCAUCAGAGAACACACACAAGGGAGAUCCUUUUGACUCCUCCAUGCCCGUCCACGGCUUGCCAUACCUGGACUUGUUAA